AUGGCCCCUAAGGCGUGGAUCAUGACUCAUCUGAGGGAGUUGGUGCGGUUUCCGGCGAGUGGGUUCAGUGCAGGUCCCGUGGCGGAAGACAUUUACGAAUGGCAAGCAACGCUGUUGGGCCCCCCUAGUAGUCCAUACGAAGGGGGAAUCUUCUUCAUCUCCAUCCGUUUCCCAUCGGAUUACCCCUUCAAGCCACCAAUGGUGUUGUGGAAGACGCCGAUUCUGCACCCCAACAUCGACCAAUCUCGGGUCUUCCAUCCGCUACUCGUCACCGCUACAUGGAAGGUUGGAACGACGGUCAAGGAACUCCUCCAAGCGCUCCAUGACAUGCUGCUUCACCCUAAGGUCGAGGAGGAAGAGGACAACUACAUCGCAGACGUCGCACGCAUGUGCGUCUUGGAACCGGAGCGGUUCAAGAAGGAGGCCCGCCUGAUGACCGAGCAACACGCCAUGAAUUAA